AGCUGUGUGUCAAACACUAACACCUUUUUCAGUCGAGAACAAUAAAAAUCCAAGCCGUAUUGGCAAAAGUGUUGAAGCAUCUUAUAUUUUCGCGUUUUUAUCGGUUGAAAACAAUUGCGAACGGAAACGAAAGUAAAGUUUUACUUGCAGUUUUUUACCAGGAAGCCGCAUUAUUAGGCGAGUAGAAAAAUUAAGAUGGCAGCCCAAUCCAUAAAUAAGACUGGCUCCGGUUGGCCAAGGCGAACAAGCCAAGGAACAAUGAACGACAUCAGCAAACAUCAGGCCAAUCAAUCAAUGACUUUAAAUCGGACUAUCAAUCUUUAUCCGCUGACGAAUUACACAUUCGGAACCAAGGAGCCACUCUUCGAAAAGGAUCCAUCUGUUCCGGCACGGUUUCAAAGAAUGCGAGAUGAAUUCGACAAAAUCGGAAUGCGCCGCUCAGUAGAAGGAGUUUUGCUGGUUCACGAACAUGGUCUUCCACACGUGCUUCUCCUGCAACUUGGUACCACAUUCUUCAAACUGCCCGGUGGCGAAUUGAGUGCCGGCGAGGAUGAAGUUGAAGGCUUAAAACGAUUACUCACGGAGACUCUAGGCCGGCAGGAUGGCGUCAAGCAGGACUGGAUCGUCGAGGACACGAUUGGCAACUGGUGGCGGCCGAACUUCGAGCCACCGCAGUAUCCGUACAUUCCGCCGCACAUCACGAAACCGAAGGAACACAAGCGCCUGUUUUUGGUACAGCUGCACGAGAAGGCCCUUUUUGCCGUACCAAAGAACUACAAGCUAGUAGCGGCCCCACUGUUCGAGCUAUACGAUAACUCUCAAGGAUACGGACCGAUCAUAUCAUCGCUUCCGCAGGCGUUGUGUCGGUUCAACUUUAUCUACAUGUAAACCGACGGCUUCCACGGGGACUACAACGCGACCGAUCUCUCCCGGUGCUGACGCGGCAACGAACUGUAAUUUAUCCGAAAGCGAACUGACUGGUCCGCACAGAACAAAACUCAUAACUCUUAUGCAGAAAUGCAGCAUCUCAUACGUUUGCAAUUCGGGACAAACGAAUUUAUAUUUUGAAAUCGUUGAAAACAGUUGUAUUAAUCCACACAUCUGUUCGCGUGACGAUGAGGCGAGCGCGAUAUUUUUUAGCACAUAAACAAUCUGUCACUUACUGCUGAAUAAUAUAGGCGAAUAAAAUACAGAAUGAGUAUAGAACGAAA